AUUUUUGCUGUACCUCUUUACUUAUAUCAAAAACUCCACUGAGAUCAAAGUUCAAUGAUAUCUCUACAAAAUAUGCUUCGUCAUUAAUUAGAUUUAAAGUUUAUAAAUAAAUAACUUAUAAACAUUUCUUAAAGAGUUAAUGUAGUUUUCAGAAAUGUCUUCAACAUUUAAAUUAUAUUUUGAUUUUAUGUCCCCACCUUCUAGAGGUUUAUUAAUAAUCUUAAAAAUGAGUAAAAUUCCUUUUGAAGGUGUUUUAAUUCAAUUACAUAAAGGACAACAUUUAACUGAAGAAUAUAAAAAUAACAUAUCUAGAUUUGGUAAAGUUCCUGUAUUGGAAGAAAUCGAAACUAAUUUUACUUUAACAGAAAGUGUUGCUAUUUUACGAUAUUUGCAAAGAGAAAAAGGAUUAUUAGAUGAUUUAUAUCCCGCAAAUAGUCAAAAACAAGCCAGAGUUGAUGAGUUUUUAGAAUGGGAGCAUAAUAAUCUACGUGCAUCUUGUGCUAUGUAUUUUUAUUUUAAGUCGGUUAUGCCAAGAAUUACAGCUUCUGCCCCGGAUCCAAUUUUUAUAAAUUUUUACAAAAAUCAAAUGGAAGAAUCUUUUGAUGCUUUAGAAAAGCUUUGGAUACAGGAUAAACCUUUUAUAACAGGGAAUAAACUUUCUGCAGCUGAUAUUUUUGCUAUAUCAGAUUAUUACCAAGCCAGAUUGACUAUUUAUGAUGGUUGUAAAAAUCGUCCUAAACUAACGAAAUGGAUGAAAAUGGUUCAAAAGGAAUUAGGUCCUUAUUUAGAUGAAGUAAAUCAAACUGUGAACAAGAUUAUUCAAAAAAAUCCGGUUACAAAUUAAAUGUAGUUUUAUAUAAAACAAAUUCUUUAUUUCAAAAAACAUUUAUAAUACUUAUGACUUUGACGAAAUGAAAUAUAUGAUAUUAAUAAAACGUUAUAAAAUUUAGCGCUGGACAAAUAAAGCUACUGUACAAAUAAAUAUAUCGUUAUAUAUAUUUUUUUUAAAUAUAUAAAUACACGUUGUGGUUCCGUUA